GACAUGUGUUGGGUGUGCCUGGGGGAGUCGACUUCGAGCGAGCCGCUGUGCUGCCCCUGCAAAUGCCCGCGGCCGGUGCAUGCGCACUGCCUAGCGCGCUGGCAGCUCCACUCUGCAGGCACCAGGUACGGAUGCGCCACUUGUAGCACAGCACUGGAGGAGACGACAUGCAGAUUCUGUGAGGCGCAGCUGCCGGACUGGAAGCCAAUUCUGACACCCUCAGCUGAGGAGGUCGCUAAGGCUUCACCCACCAUGAGCGUGACCUUCAAUGGGCAGGUGCACCACGUCACGGUGAAAGGGGGGCCGAACGGCUACUCGGACUUCAUCAGAGACAUCCAGAGCAUCUUCGGCAUCACCACAGAGCAUGACAUGCAGCUGGCCUUCGACUGCGCCGACCCCAUUUCAGGCCAGCUUUUGAAGCUGAACGGCGCGGGCGCGUACCAGGCGGCGGUGCACUGCGCCACGAUCUCGGCGGCCAAGCGGCUGCGCGGCUGGUCCCGGCAGCGGCGCACCGUCGCGCCGGCCGCCCCCGUGGCCGACGCGGAAGCGCUGUCGCAGCUCGAAUCCCCCUCGACGCCCCCCCGCCACAUGCCCAACGCCCAUCCUUGCUGGGAUUAG